UUUGCGGUCUCUAUCACUGUCUUCUGCUACUGUGUUCUAGUCUGCUCAAUUCCGUCUCUUUCAGACUAUGCAUAUCCUUCCGUUUUGUUUUUUCAGAAGAUUUUAAUUUUUUUCCCCAGUUGUGUUUGAUAGAAAAAUCAGUUAAUGGGAAAGAAAAACCAGGUUGAUGAUUCUAUAAUACCAAUCGACAUUGCCCCUUCAGAUCCUGACUAUAAUCGGUAUCCGGUUUCAAAACACCGUUCAUGUUGGAUUCAUGUUGUAGGGUAUCUGAGGGCCUCCAGGAAGAAGAUAACAAAACAGGAAGCUCAAAGGCUAAGAAGCCUUAAAUUAACUGCUCCAUGUUUUUUAGAUAAUAUUCCAUGUCGUGCACGAUCAAAGCGACGAGUUACAAGAAAGAAAUCAACACCUAAACUAAAAAACAAGCUAGACUCUGGAUCAUUUGAGUGUUACUUGGAGACCCUGUGGAGCAGGUUGCCAGCAGAUAAGCGGGAUUUGUUUACGCGCUUAGAUUGUCAAUGGUUUGCAUGGUAUAGGAAAGCAUCUUAUAGAGAAAAGGUUCUAUCUUGGGUUAAGAGGAAAGAGAUAUUUUCAACGAAAUAUGUUCUCGUUCCGAUAGUUUGCUGGGGUCAUUGGAGCCUCUUAAUCUUCUGUCAUUUCGGUGAAAGUUUGCAAUCAAAAACCAGAACACCUUGUAUGUUGCUGUUGGAUUCAUUACAGAUGUCCGACGCGUUGCGUCUCGAAGCAGAUAUACGAAGGUUCAUGUUUGACAUUUAUAAAGCCGAAGGCAGGCCCGAGAAUAAGCAGAUGAUUUAUCAAGUUCCUCUUUUGGUCCCUAAGGUGCCACAACAAAGGAAUGGCAAAGAAUGUGGGAAUUUUGUUCUCUAUUUCAUAAAUUUGUUCGUCAAAAGUGCCCCGGAGAACUUCAACAUCGAUAACUACCCUUACUUUAUGAAAAAUGACUGGUUCAAUGCUGAAGCAGUGGAACGCUUUUGCGAGAGGCUACAUGCUUUGGCAUGUAAUUUUCAUUAGUUUAGUAUUACUAUAUUGAUCUAACGUUUUUAUAUGAACACUUUUGUAGAUCAAUGCUGAAGCUGGUUGGUUCCGUUUAUUAUAUAUAUUUUUUAAAUUUUUAUAAUUUUUUGUAACUUUUUUAUAAUUUAAGACUUUUCAAGUGUUUUUUCCUGGUUGAUGAUGA